CGUGUAGGGGACGGCCAACAACAGCUGAUCGCCAUUGCAGUUUCUUUGUUUUUUUUCCUUUUAUAUUAUAAAAAACUACACAAAAUGCUGAAACCCAAGGCUCUCACACAAGUUCUCAGCCAGGCGAAUACCGGGGGCGUGGAAAACACCCUUCUGCUCAGCCAGGAGGGUGCUCUCUUGGCCUACUCGGGCUACGGCGAUAAGGAUGCUCGCAUUACUGCCGCCAUUGCCAGCAAUAUUUGGGCGGCCUAUGAGAAACAUGGACGGAAUGCAUUCCGCGAAGACCGAUUGACCUUUGUGCUGAUUGAUUGCGAGACCGGUCAUGUGGCCAUAACACAGGUGGCUAGUGUGCUGCUGUGCCUAUAUGCCAGGAGCCACGUUGGAUUGGGACUACUCAAGCAAAAGGCCAUGUCCAUGGCCGCCUAUUUGGAGCGGCCACUAAAGAUGAUUUCGGCCUCGUGAGGAAGGCGGGACCAUGCCGAGUCGAGGGAGUCUCGUUGAAUAUAUGUUCUAAGUUUAUACACUAACUGUCGGUAAUUAAACAUGCCAAUACACG